AUGAUAAGAUAUUGGGAACGAAUGAGAUAUCAGUCAUGCAAAAAAAAUAUACACGUAUUUUAUAAUAACAACUGCAAUAAUGUUGUCGUAAGAGGACAGACCGUACGUGUAUUGGAUGCGAGUGUCGACCAGUUUUUAGGCAUACCGUACGCCGAGCCCCCUAUCGGUGCCCUCAGGGUAUCAUCGAUGGGACAAAACCGGGCGAAUCCUGACCACAAAGUGGGUCGUUAUCUCAAACCCGUUAUGUUUUGGAUACACGGCAGAGGUCUGAGCACUGGAUCUAUUGACAAGUUUAAUGGCGGACCGCUGGCCAGUCAGGCGUAG